AUGACGGGCCAAUCUAAGCCGGUGCCUCUUUCGCCAUGGCAAAGUGCUGUUGCAGGUGCGACUGGUGCGGUUUUGGCAAAUGCGAUGGUCUAUCCUCUUGACAUUGUCAAAACUAAGCUCCAAGUUCAAGUGAAGAGUCGAAAGGCAGACGUUCAAGAUGCAGAAAGCACGCCUCAUUACGAAUCGACGCUGGACGCCAUCAACAAGAUUUUCCAAGACGAAGGGCUCCCCGGUCUCUACAAUGGCUUGAACGGUGCUCUCCUGGGCGUCGCCUCCACGAAUUUCGCCUAUUUCUACUGGUAUUCGGUUGUCCGUGCCUUUUACGUGGCAUCCGCCAAAACGUCCAAGCCGCCUGGAACUGCUGUCGAGCUGUCUCUCGGUGCUGUCGCCGGCGCGGUGGCCCAGGUUUUCACCAUCCCAGUGUCGGUCGUUACAACCCGCCAACAAACUCAGUCGAAAUCAGAGAAGAAGGGCUUGCUCGAAACCGGUCAGGAGGUUAUCAACAGUGAAGAUGGCUGGACGGGACUGUGGAGAGGACUGAAAGCGAGCUUGGUUCUCGUUGUCAAUCCGGCCAUUACGUAUGGCGCGUACCAGAGACUGAAGGAUGUAUUUUUCCCGGGAAAGGCCAACCUCCGUCCCUGGGAAGCUUUUGCUCUCGGAGCCAUGUCGAAAGCACUUGCAACCAUUGCCACACAGCCACUCAUUGUGGCCAAGGUUGGUCUUCAGUCGAAACCGCCACCAGGCCGUCAGGGAAAGCCUUUCAAGGGCUUUAUUGAGGUUAUGCAAUAUAUCAUCGACCAUGAAGGUCCACUGAGCCUAUUCAAGGGCAUAGGACCGCAGAUCUUGAAGGGGCUUCUGGUCCAGGGUCUGCUCAUGAUGACCAAAGAACGGAUGGAGCUUCUGUUCAUCUUGUUCUUUGCCUAUCUCCGAAAGAUCAAGGAAGAUCGCCUGAAGAAGAUCGCCGAACGCGCGGCGGCAACAGCAAAGACCAGUCUUCCAUGUGCGGAGUUUGCAGAAACGCUCCCUGACUCCAGCACCCUUCCGUCUCGCAACUGGGAAAAAUCUGGCAUGGGAUGGUGGUCACCAUGGUCUUCUGGGUCUCAGUCGGAUCCAGAGGGUCAUUCCGAUGACUCUCGUCGAUCCAAGGACGAGUCCGCGCGGUCACUCUGGCACUCUCCAACACCUUCGUCAACAACAACAACAACAUCAACAUCAACAUCCUCGCAAUACACCGAGUGGAACUCGAUUCUGAACAGCUUUAACUGGAGUCAGUUGAAAGAGCCAGGAAAUCUGGUGCCGACCAUCCUGCUCACCGGCGGCCUUUUAUUCGUCUUUGAUAUCCAUCGUCGCUUUCUCCGCCGCAUCCCCGAGGCUACAAACAUCUCGCCCUCGAUUUUACGACGCCGGUCUCUCUUGGGUCGCAUCACCAGUGUAGGCGAUGGCGAUAAUUUUAGAAUGUAUCAUACCCCCGGAGGGCGUCUGGCUGGCUGGGGCUGGCUGCCGUGGAAGAAAGUUCCAAACUCGAGAAAGGAGUUAAAGGACCGCACUAUCCACAUUCGUCUCGCAGGAGUCGAUGCUCCUGAACUUCCUCAUUUCGGUCGACCGGCUCAACCAUUCUCGCACGAGGCACACACCUGGUUAACAUCCUUCCUCCUCAACCGGCGAGUCCGCGCGCAUGUGCUUCGACCCGACCAAUAUCGACGCGUGAUCGCAACAGUCUACGUGCGGAAUUGGCUUGAUUUCCCACCCUUGCGGAAACGAGAUGUGUCUGAAGAAAUGCUAAAACGCGGAUUUGGAACCGUCUACGAAGCCAAAACCGGGGUGGAGUUUGGCAGCAAGGAGCGCGAGGUCAGGUAUCGAGAAGCCGAAACGAUAGCCAAGAAUCGAAAGCAAGGGUUGUGGAAGGACUUUGGGCGUAAAAAGGGGAAGAAUAAUUUUGAGAGUCCGCGCGAGUACAAGACUCGGAUGGGGAUUGAGCACCCUCUGGGGGGAACGACGCCGGUUAAGCCCGAGGCUGCUGAAGAAAGUCGGGGUUUGCUUGCCUCGCUCAGAGGUAGGCUCUUUUCCUCUCGUAAAAAGGAUAAUGGAUCAUAG